CAGUGCAAUUUUGAUACGCCGUGAGAGUAUUUCGUGCGACACGUAUUUGCCGUUUUUUACGUGCGAUUUAUUAGAUACACUUGCGAUUUUCGGUAAUUUGUCGGUACAUUUCACGCGAAAUCUCACGAACGAUCGCCCUAAGGUUAGUUAUGAGUGAAAAACCGCAUUUCGAGGCGUAAACAGGAUUUUAUUGUUGCGGGGGAGUAGCUAACAGAGUUGUUUCGCUAAGUUGCCUGGUGUCAUUCGAUGCCGAUGGCGGCUACGAUCCGGCGAUGCCGCCCUCAGCAGCCAUGAGGCUCCAGCAAGGGGACAGCCCGCCUGCCACGAGAGGCCCUCACCUGAUAGAAACCAACAACAACAACAACAACAACAACAACGACGACGACGGCAAAGUCACCGGCUCCGAGCUGGAGUUACUGGCCAAAUUGGAAGAGGCGAAUCGGCUCUACGAGUCCGACGCCAAGUCGUUGAAUUCGCUGAGCGGCGCCUCCGCCACGUCGGGGCACUCGCGCAAAAGCUCCGACACCUCGCAGAUAUCCUUGACGUCCGGGACGAGUUCGACGCAGGAGCGCGCCGACGAUGGCGGCGAGGAGGAUUUGUGGGUCACCUGGGGCCACAUCGUCAACGAUUGGGAGAACAACUGGAAGAAGCAGAACGUUCAAAUACGCGAACUGGUGCGCAGGGGGAUACCGUUGCAUUUCAGGGCGAUCGUUUGGCAGCUGCUCUGCCGGGCGACGGAGUCCCCGGAGAAGAAAUUAUACGCCGAAUACAUAAAAACGAAAUCGCCGUGCGAGAAAGUGAUCCGAAGAGACAUCGCCCGCACCUAUCCCGAGCACGAUUUCUUCAAGGAGAAAGACGGCCUCGGCCAAGAAUCGCUCUUCAACGUCAUCAAGGCGUACUCGCUGCACGACCGAGAGGUCGGAUACUGCCAAGGUUCCGGCUUCAUCGUCGGCUUGCUGCUGAUGCAGAUGCCGGAAGAGGAGGCGUUCGCGGUGCUGGUGAAGAUCAUGGAGGACUACAGGAUGCGCGACAUGUUCAAGCCGAGCAUGGCCGAGCUCGGCCUGUGCAUGUACCAAUUGGAGAACCUGGUGGCCGAACACCUGCCCGAUUUGAACCAGCACUUCCAGUCGCAGAACUUCCACACGUCGAUGUACGCGUCCAGCUGGUUCCUGACGUUGUUCACGACGGCGCUGUCGUUGCCGUUGGCCUGUCGCAUCAUGGACGUGUUUCUUUCAGAAGGCAUGGAGAUCAUCUUCAAGGUGGCCUUGGCGAUGCUGACGUUGGGCAAGGACGAGCUGAUGUCGUUGGAUAUGGAGGGAAUGUUGAAGUAUUUCCAAAAAGAACUGCCCGUACACGCCGAAAAUGACCCGGAGGCGUUGAUGCAGACGGCCUACGAAAUCAAAUACAACGCCAAGAAGAUGAAAAAACUAGAAAAGGAGUACAUAGUCAUCAAAACUAAAGAACAAGAGGAAAUGACGGAACUAAAGAGAUUGCGCCAGGAGAACAAACAGUUGCGACACCGCUGCGAAAUGUUGGAGGAGGAAAGCAAAGCGCUGGCCGACCGACUAGUCAAAGGCCAGGUGAGCAGAGCCGAGGAGGAAGAGACCACUUUCGUCGUCCAAAGGGAACUGGACGCCCUGAGGCACACGCAUUUAGAAACCACCCACCAACUCGCCCUCGCCAACGAGAAAAUCAGAGCCCUGUCAUUGAUGAUGGAAGAAACCCACACGUCCCGCCAAUCGUCGAUCGAAGAGAUCACGCUGAAGCAGGAGCAGUUGCAGCAGCGCGAAGAGAUGAUCGAGUGCCUGCAGGAGGAGCUGGUGAAGGUGAGGCUGCGCGAGGCGGAGAACGACGCGCUCAUACGCGACCUGCGAUCGCGCAUCCACGAAUUGGAGGAGGACAAGAAGACGCUGCGCGAGACGACGCCCGACAACAGCGUCGCCCAUCUGCAAGAGGAGCUGAUCGCCGUGAAGCUGAGAGAGGCCGAGGCGAAUCUGUCGCUGAAGGACCUCAGACAGAGGGUGGCCGAAUUGGCCGAGCAAUGGCAGAGGCACUUGCAGGAUCACAAACAAGACCCUCCGCCGGCGCCGGAUCCGUUGAGCACCCCCAAGAAGUUACUGUUCGGCAAAUUGGGCCACAACGAAACGCAGAAACUCGAAGAGGAACUCAUGACAACUAGAAUAAGGGAAAUGGAGACUCUAACCGAAGUGAAAGAGCUCCGAUUAAAGGUGAUGGAGCUGGAGACGCAAGUGCAGGUGAGCACGAACCAGCUGCGCCGGCAGGACGACGAGAUGAAGAAGUACUUGGAGUCGAUCGAGGCGGCGGAGGGGCGAGACAAGGAGGCGGCGGCGCGGAUAUUGGAGGAGCAGCGUCGCUACGCCGAUCUCGAGACCAAGAUGAAGGACGAAUUGAUGCGGGCGAAGAUCAGCGACGCCGAAAAGACGCAGUCUUUGGCCGAGCUGAUGCAGAAAAUCGGCCAGUUGGAGCUUAAAAGUCAAGAAAUCGCCACCGAAGGCGAAUUGAGGAUCCAUUCGGUCGAGGCGAGCGAUAAAGUUAGAGAUCUCCAGGAUAAAGUAGCGGAUUUACAAGCGGAAGUGAUGCGCUUGGAGCGGAGCAAAGGGCCGUUUUGCCGCGGGCGGCUGUCGGGCGACAGGUCUUCGUCGAUCGACAGCACCGACGAGGAUUCGAAAUUGGCGCUGGACGAUCCGGCGUUGCGUUUGAGCAUCGACGAUUCGUCGAACGGGCCGGAUCCUUUCGCUGGGAACGUGUGACGGGCGGAGAAUUCGAGGCGGUCGUUUCGCCGCGCUUUAGUUAAGUAGGUAAAUUUACCUUAUAAUAUUGUCUUUAUCGUUUGUAAAAAUUUUAUGUAUGAGGUAAAUCGAGUGGGUGCCCUUUUUGAAUUGUGAUUUGUUUUGAAAUUCGUAGUUGUGAUUUGAAAAUUUAUUAUAUUGUAUGGAUAUAGAAAUGUUUUAUAUUGAAUUGUUUGCACGAUUCGCACGUUAAAUUUCCUUAUAUAUCAACAUAGAGUGAAUAUUUUUUAUUAUUUAUUUGUGAAUAUCGUAAAAAUGACCGUUUUUUUUUAUUUUAAUUUUGUUGGAUUAUUGUUUCGGAUUUUAUUGAUAUCUAUAAUUGGUGCAGGGUUUAUUAAUACAUAUAACUAAAAUUGAAGGCAAAGUAAAGCCGUAGAAAUAAAAAAAUACUCCGUAAUAAGCGGGAUGUAAUCCUUGUAUUAUGAAUUAUUCGCGACUUUCCUUUGUACUUUUCGUCAUUAGUGAAAAGAAAAAAACCAAUAAACAUUAGAUAAAUCUAGAGGUUUGAUAAAGUUAUAUAAUACUUGUUAGUAGUGUGCAUUAGAAUUUGAUAUAAAAAUAUUGGGCCACGGAAUUUUUACGAACUUGUACGAAUUAUUGUGUAAAAUUGCGCGUCGGCUUUCAAUUAGCAAAAAAAAAGGGUUAUUAGAUUUUAAGUUGUGUGAUUUACGAUUUACGAAACCUUAGUCAAUGCAGCCGCACAGGACGUUAAAUGAUUUCCUUUUUAGCGUAUUUUUUAGAAAUGUGUAUUCACCGAAAUAUCGUUCCUAUACGGUUUCCGUUUGGGUGAUCAAAAAUUUUCAAACUAUUUUUUAUUCAAUGUUUUAGCUUUGUAAAAUUAGUUUAUUUUUCCUAAACAACAACAAAAAAAAAAACGAAUUUUUUGCGCGUUUAAACAGUGUGUCAAGUGCCAACGUAUACAAAAUUUUCUAAUAGACUUUUAAAUAAAAACAAGAACGAUUAACGUUAUAAGUGUGCAAUAAUCUAUCAUCUUUUAGUUUUAAUUUUUUUUUGUUCUGUUGGUAAUUUGACUACUAUUACUAUUGUAUUAACAAGAAACAUUCCGUAUGAAAUACUCCAUUUAAUUUCGCGAGAUAAGUGCAAUACAAGCACGUAACUGUGAGCAUAACGUGUUCCAAAGGCAUUUGCAACACGUCGUGCGGAUUUUUGCGCAUUUUUUACUUAAGCAAUAAAGUAUUAUAAUUACGUAUUAAGUACCUACAAGUUUUCUAAUUUGCGUCAAAAGUUACGAUGUUAUUUAUUUUCUUUAUAUUUUGUAUUUAUUUUUAAAAAUAUAAUUGUUUAACAAAACC